AACCAAGGUAUUCAAUUUCGAGUUCAGUCAUGUGUUCAUACCAAAAAACGAUUUACUUGCAAACCUAAAAGACAUUCAAUUAUCUCCGUCUAUUGUAAACAAUAAGAUACGAGGGCCUGACGUCACGUUCAACCUUCGAGGAGGCUCAUAUCUGGUCUAUUUUGAGCUCAACCCAUAUGUUAUUGUGGUAGUAGGACUGAUAGUUAUAUGUGCUCACAUGGUACACUGAUAGUCAUGCAUGAAUAACACUUUAAACUUGUUAUCCUUCUCACCCAGACCUAACCCAAGAAACAACUGUGGGGACUCAUUUGUUUAUUUUUUGUUUUAACAUUAAAACAACCAAAUCGGCACUUAAAUGAAUUCAACACGUCCAAAAUCCUCAAAAGGACGAAGCAGGCCCCCAGCGGACCAUACUGUGCGUGAUACCAGAGAGCACGUCCAGAGUGACCACCACCUGGCCGUGGGGCACCAGUCCGACGGCUGCAUCAGGUCCAGGUCUGACUCUUUGACCGGGAUCACCACGCCGCAAGGCCAGGACUACACGGCAACACCGCUGCAAUCCGUCCCUGCUCGGCAAACACUCUCCCUGAACAAAUACAAGGUGCUUCCAUCCAUAAAAAAACCGUCAGAUGUUAGCCACGCCCUUGUCCCAGAAAUGAAGACAUCCAAGAUUAAACUAUGUGAUCAUGUCAUCGCUCAGCAGCGAAGGCAUAGUCAUGGAGAACCAGGUUGUUAUGCCGAGGAGACCCCGGCGAAGACCCAGACUGCGACCCGGAGUAACCCUGAAAUAGGCCGGGUUGCCCCUGCCCCUAACAAGCCUCCUGACCCAGUCAUCAUGGAGUCCAGAGACGAGACUCCUGCCGUUGUUGCUACAGACCAGUUGCUUCUAGCUAUCAGAGCACCGUGUGGCAGGAGAUUUCAGCAACACUUUUCCUAUGCCGACACCCUGCAGACACUCAUCACUUGUGCAGAAGCCAGAAAUGAAACAAGCUACUCCGAAGCCUUCAUUGAAACUAUGGAUGUGCCUCGAAGGAGCUUCAGGAGAUUGGACAUGACUCUGUCAGAGUGCUGCAUCUUCAACAGAUCAGUGCUGUGCAUCUCUCAGGAGAGACCCUCGGAUAUUGCCACAAGCGUAGUUGAUAAUGGUUAAUUAUGUCACAUUCUAAAUGAUGAGCCAUGUAUGGAAAAAUUUACCUGUGAUCCAAAAUUUGAAAGGCAAUUGAGAAAUGAUUUUUGCUCACACACUAGUCACAAGGCAAUACCAUAGUACACUGUCCAAAGAGCUGGCAAUGUGCCAGACAUGUCACUGUAUCUGAUCAAACUGACUUAAACUAUUAUACUCCCCAUUGCCGCUGGUGAAUACAAGAAAAAGUCCAUCUUCAAGACUUUUGAAUGGCAUUGAGCAGAUAUCUGCACUAACCUGAAUUAAAUACUAAAUCUUAAAACGCAUCUAAUCUUAUUGCUAUCUGCAUAUUCUUAAUGAAUCCAUAAUUGUUGAUUAACAAUAAGUGGUUUCCAUUAUUCGCUUGGAAGCAAACCCUUUAGUGCCAAUAUUUGGCAUGUUAGUAGCAGCCCAAUCAAUAAUACACAACUUGGUGCAGAAAAUUAACCUGUAAUGGACGUUUGAAGUUCAAAAUAUUUUUUUUGAACUGUAUUUUCCCAAAGGCACAAAUGAUAUUGCCGUGUUUUGUUCAAUAAACCAUGUACAUUGCCUGAUGUGUCUGUGUCAAUCCAAAUAAAAAGAACAAGCACAUUUUUAACAAUAAAUUUACUUUGUGGGUUAGCACAUUCCAAGUUUUUUUUUAGCAAAGAAGAUAUUAUAUUA